AUGCCCUUUUUUCAAUUAUUCUCUGUUCUCUUCUUCAUUUUUUCGUCUAUUAACGGUUCCGAAGUUUAUCUAGAUUUUGAAAAGCUCAAAAAUUUUUUGGGAGUUCAGUAUCCGUUUGACGAUCCGCCACUGCCAAAUUCUGCGAAACUUUCUCCACAAUGUCAAAAUGACACUAAGAAAUGGACAACUUCCCUCAAAAUUGUUUUUGAAAAUGGAAACAAAUGUGCGCUUUAUGGGAAUUGCACUGUCCAACAGAAGAUGAGCAUCAAGGAGAAUUUGUAUGCUUUGAAACGUGAGUUUUAUUUUAUCAAUCAUUUAAGACAGAGAACUCUUUAAAAACCGGAGAAAAAAUAAUUUAGUAAAAAGAUCAUAUGAAAUGAAAAAUUUAAGUUGAAAUUGAAGAAAAUGAAGCGGAUACAGCAGCGAAUCAAAAAGCUAUUCGGAAAAAAAAAACAAAGAGAAAAAAAGUUUAAAAAAUCGUUCGCGCGCUAAUGAUAAAGAAAAUCUCACUUCACCGCCCCUUGAGUGGAAUCAGGAAUUUUUAAAAAUAAUUUUCCUUUUCUUUGUGUUUUUUUUUGUCUUUCGAAUGUUUUGUUCUAGAAUACGACGCAUUCGGUCGAUUCCCCGCACCCGGAUUCUUUGAAUAUAAGUUGGUCGCCGAAGGAUCUUCAACAGAAUGUUAUCAAGUUGGAAAGACGGCCCCUUACACUACCAAAUAUUGUUAUUUGCUUCUUGUUGCUGGAAAGGUAAUUGAUAUUUCAACCUAAAUUUGAAAAAAGUGUUUAUUGGCGAGCCAAAAUUGUCACGAAACUGUAAUAAAUACUGAUUUGUUCCGUUUUCCGAGCAAGUUUCCUUUUUCUUCCGAUAAACAAGCCAUGAAAAUUGAAUUAUAUGGCAAUUUUUCAAAGUUUUGAAUGAUUAAUUAUCAAAAACCUUGAGAAAACCUCAACUUUAAGCUCAUUUGUUAAGUUCAGAAAAUCAUAACUUAGGCUGUAGGUGUCCCGAUUUCAUGUUUCAGGAAUCAAAAAAUUCAGAAUUAUGUGGUUGAUAAUUACAGAAAAGUAGUAAUUCACUAGCGAGAUUCUCAAAUUAAGGGAAAACGUUAACUUUAAGGUCAUUUUUAAAGUUUGAAAUAAUUCAGAACGCCUCCUGUUCCGGCGCCUUCAUCCGACAAGCAGUUUGUAUGCCAAAAACUUGCGGAUCAACUGUACGCACUGAUAAUUUUAACUAAUGAAGUAUGAGGAAUUUUUAGGACAUUGCAGAGUUUUACAACGCUAAUUCUCAAGAACCAUUCAAGGCAUGCUCCGCGCUUUGUCCGCAAGAACCGCCGCCAAAAAAUACGGCUUUUUGGGUCUAUACGUAGGUUUUCAGGGUCUUUCAGAGCAUUAAAAUCGGUUGCAGAGGUUUUCUGAUAGUCAUGACGGUGAUAGUGAUCACGGCAAGUGUGGUGGAUUACUUGCGGGAAACUUUGCACGGCGUCAAGUCUGCCAAGGAGACCAACUACUGUAUGGGGCUUACUGUAGUCUCGGAGUCAUAUUACGGUUACAGUACUCCGACUGCUGUCCUCCUUUUCGAUCUACACCAACGCCGAACUGUUGUUAUCGGUGAAGGAACCCAAAGAGGGCCAUAUCCGAAGUUUGGACUGUAUCCGCUUUUUCUCAAUGUCCUGGGUCGUUUCUGGUCACCUUCUCGGAGAUUUUUUGUUCUCCGGUCAGUAAAUUUGGAUUCUAUCGAGCUUGAACUGAGCUCCAAAUCAGCUGAAAAAAAAUUAGGAUAGGGAAAUGAAAAGUUCAAUGAUUCAAAGGCUAUUGUUCAGUUGUAAUUUGAUUUUGAAUUUAUCACUUUACUGUGAAAAUUUUAAGGGCCACUUUAGGGUUUCGACGUCAAGUAGCCACUAUAGUGGUGGAAUUAUUGGUCGUGGUACUGCUAGCGCUAAAACUACGGAUAAUUAAGACACAAAAUAGUGACUUCUCUAUAGCUGAUUUUAGUGACCACUUUAAUGUCUUUCUCAAGAGGAACCACUUAAAAGACCACUACAGUUUUUCCAUUUAUUGUUAAUUUUCCGCAUGAAAAAGUUAUAUUUAGACACCCUCGGUCCAAUGAUAAAACUGAGGGAUAACUGGAUUAAUGAGACAUUUUUCAACGCUUUUGUUUCCGUCGACACCUUUUUCGUACUCUCUGGCGUUGUUGUAGCUUAUCUCUUUUUCAAGGUUUAGAACUUUUCAAACCAAAAAUGAAAGAAGGAAGUUCAGAAUGCUCCGAAAAGAAAGGUUAUUACGAACCCAAUCACUUGGAUCAUGUUCUAUGUUCAUCGAUAUUUGAGGUGUGUUUUUUUUAAGAAAUUCAUGAAUUUAUAAAGUUGGAUGUUCUUAAAAAAUCCUUCAGAUUGACCCCACCAAUCAUGCUUUUCAUUGGAUUUUUCGUCGUUUACGGCGAUUAUAUCUAUGGCCCGUGGUCCGCUUCCGCUUUCAGUUAGUCUAUUUUGGUAUUUUCAGCGAAAUUUUGAAAAAAGUUAUCUUGAUCAUAAAACAAAACAUUUUUAGAUCCGAUACCUGAUCAGGUCGAACUGUGCGCAAAAUAUUGGUGGCGUAAUCUUAUCUAUAUCAACAACUUUGACCUAAAAAAUGAGGUUUGUUUUCAGGGAAAAAAAUUCGCGAGAAAAGCUUUGAGAAAGAUUUCAACUUCAAAACUUUAAAAAACAAAAAAAAAAAGAAAAUUUUGUUAAUAAAAACCACGAUUUAUGAAAAAAGAACGACCAGAAACUCCUCAUGAUUUUCUGACUUGUCUGCGCUCUCCUCUUAUCCCGGAACUCUAGUUUUUUGAGGGCUACUGUGAAAAUUUCUGACCACUUUAGGACUUUGACGUGGCUACUAUACGAGUCGAAUGUCGCCACUGGAGCUAUUCUGAAACAUUUCAGUGGUCGCUUUAGGGCUUUUACAUGGCUGGCCAUUAAAGCUACUGGAAAAACAUUUUAGUGGUCCCUUUAGGGCUUUGACGUUCUAGUGGUUAUCGAAAUAGCGGCCAUUUGAGUUUUUUCACGAGUUUUUCCGGCCACUAAUAUUUCUCUACCAGCAAGUCGACUACUAUAGUAGCCUCUGAAACGUCAAAUCCCUAAAGUGGUCACUGAAGUUUUUCCUUUAUCAAUUUCACCACUGUAGUAGCCCCUGAAACAUUAAUCCCUCAAAGUGAUCACUGAAGUUUUUUCCUAGCAUUUUCAUUUUUGCUUGUCGGUAAGGGAAAAGAGAUUGCAGAGAAGUCAGAGUGUACCAAGUCGAUAGAAAUUUUAUAAAAUCAGAACGAAAAUAUCUCAAGACUGUCUGAACAGGAAAAAAUUUUAAUUAAAACAAAAUUGACUAAAAAAAAAACGGGGUACUGGAUUGCUUGUCAGAAGGAGGCCUUGAAACGAUCAGCUAAACAUUUUUGUGAGAAUACAUUUUUGGCUACGCAGAACUGAAGUUAAGGUCUCUUCACUACAGUAACCUUGGUUAAAACAGACUCAGAAAUUUGAAAAUAUAAUGAGAUUGAAAUAAAAAUCAUCCCGCAUGUUGAAAAUAUCCCCAUGGAGCUAAAUUGACCAACAUUUUGAAUUUUCAUUGUUUUUUUUUUCCAGUGCUACGGACCUGCGUGGUACCUGGCUGUGGACACUCAACUUUACCUUAUUAUUCCAGUUUUCCUCAUAAUUUUGUAUUUCUCGGCCGUUUUUGGUGAGUCCAAAAGAAACUGUCUAGCUGAACAGGAAAAUAUCGAAAUCUAUGCCAAAAGCUUAGGAAAACAAUAA